UUCACAACUUGGCCCCUUCCUACUUUCAAUUCUUCUAUUUCACUGUGCUCCAUACACUCUAUGACCCAGCAAUACUGGCCUACUUGCAGUUUCUGACAUGAUACUCCAUUUCCCAGCUCUGUACCUUUUCUUCAUGUCUGGAACACUCUUGACCUUUCACCUCUGUUUCUUGCCUUCAAAACUCAGAAUUCUGUCUUCUAUAGGAGGCCUUUCCUGAUCCCCUGGGCUGCCUUCUCAGAUUACCUGGUUGUUUACAGCUUGUUUCCCCCAUUGAAAUGUGCCUUUUUUCUCCUUUGUAUCCCCAAUUCUUAGCACAGUACCCUUUCGUGGUAAAGGCUUAAUAAAUUCUUGUUGAUAUGAUUUGUUGGCUUGAUUAUUGACCUUCCAUUUGAAAAUGUUCAGUGAGAUAUAACUUACUAAAUACUAGGGGUAGUUCAUUCAACUUUUGGAUAGCUCAUGGGUUAGUUUUUCUUUAUGUCAAGCUCUUUUGUUAGUUCUGCCCUCUAGGCCACUCAGAACAAGUAUAAAACCUCUUCUAUGUGAUAGUCCUUCAAAUAACUGAGACAUUAUAUUCCCACAAGUCUUGUCUCUAAAGUAAACAACUCCAGGUCUUUCAAGCAGGUACUAAUAUACCAUGUUCUCAGUUCCCUUCACCAAUCCAGGAUACCCUCUUUUGGACAUAGUCUAGCCUGUCAAUAUUUUUUCCCAAAACAGUUUCCAGAACUGAACACAGUGCUGUUACCAGGGAACAGCGUAGGGGGACUUAUUUUCCCCUUGUUUUGGACACCACAUAGCCUACAAUAGCAUUAGCUUUUUUGGCUGCCAUAUCAUGACUAUUGACUCAUAUUGAUCAUUGAAUCCAUUAAAAUCCUCAAGUCUUUUUCACGCAGGUUUGUCUAGUCAUGUCUCCCUUAAACUAUACUUAUGAAGUUUAUUGCUUGAAUCCAACUGUAGAAAUUUACAUUUAAAUUUGAAUUAAAUUUUAUUUGAUUUGCAUCAUUGUUUUAAGGUCUCGAUGUUUUUGGAUUCUGACUCUUGCUAUCUAGUGUGUAAGCUAUCCUUUCCAGCUUUGUGUCACUUGCAGUUUUGACAAACAUUGACAGUCUUUUAUGGCUUCAUUUAAUUGUUGACAAAAAGGUUGAAUAGCAUUGGAACCAUUCUCCAGAGAUUUUCCUUCAAGUUGUCAUAUACUUACAUCUAAUUCAUAUUUUUCAAUCUUGCUCAGGUAAUUAAGAUAAUUAUGAAAGUUUUUUUGUUAAAUGCUUUUUUGAAAUUUAGGUAUACUACAACAUUCAUCUGAUCUGUCAUUCCAAUAACCUGUCAAAACAAGAAAGUGAACUUAAUCUGGCAUGACCUGCUCUGGAUGAAGAAGCCACAUCAGCCUUUUUAGUGACCACUGCUUUCCUUUCCCAAUGCUCAUAAAACUAUUCCUUUAAUAAUAUAGUCUUAAAUAAUAUAGUCCAAAAUAGCCAUCCCUAUUCAUCAAUUUUCCUCUUGCCUCAAAACAGCUUUAAAAUACAUUUAAUGUCCUUAGCGCUCAUUGUUGGCCUUGUAAAGCUCAUUCUAGGUCUUAGUGCUCUUGACACUAUUCUCAAAGGCCUUAAAGGUCAUUCAUCAUUACCUACUCUUACUUCCAUCUUCUUUACUUGUCUUGUUAAGAUCAGAGUUUGUCAGUGGAACUCCUGUUUCCACAUUGGUUUCUUUUAGACAGUGUCCCCUCUUUCUCUUUAUUGGAAUAAUUUGUGUAUUCAGAAUAUCCCCCUUAGAUUUUUAGGCCAUUGGGGCUUACUUAUCCUUUCUCUGAAUCUUUUAAAAAUCUUUUCUUCCCAACACCCAACAAAUAUCCUUCCCAAUGAUAUGUAUGCCCUCUAAAGGAAUUAAUGGUAGAAUCUAAAGCACUUUGUUGCCUAGUUAAGAGAUUUCCAUAUCUUUUAUAUCACAAGUAGAGAAGCAUUUAAUUAAUCCACUUGUAAAUAAGGAUGACCCUCCUUCUGUAUGGAAUUGAGUAUAACCUGUAUCUAGACAGUUCCCUUAUCUAUUCUGAGUUAUUAUUAAUCUUAGGGUCCAGGAUGAUGAUAACCUGGUGACAGAGAAAGAUAACUCAAUCAUUUACCCUAAGUUUCUGAUACUACCUGUUUGACUGUGGGCAAGAUAUUUAACUUCUCUAGGUCUUCUCAUCUAUAAAAUGGGAGGGGGGGGGUUGGACUAGCUUGCCUUUAAGGCCGUCUCUUCUAGCUCUACACCAAUGACUCUUAUGAUUGGUAGGAUAUUAUGGAUGAUUGCCUUUCUCCCUCUAACUUUUGAAGUAUUUGAACUUACAGGGAGGGUGAUACUGCUUCAGAAAGCUUAUGUCCUAAGAACAGGAAGAAAUGUUUAGGAGGGAAAUGAGAUCUGGACAUUGGCUCCAGAAUGGGACUUUUUCUCUUUCUUCUUUUUGCGUUUGAGAAAGUCUUUCUGUCUACCAUGCAGAAGCUGGGGAGCAGAGAACUUCUGCAUUUGGACUGAGGCUCCUGGCCUGCCUGCCACUAUGUGGGCAAGAGCAGACAACUUUUGGGAGCUGGAUACCUGGGUUUCAGUGGGAAUCAGAGGGCUGCAGCACUUGAGCCAAUGUGUCUACAGACUGCCUUCUGGUGGUCAGGGUCAUAGGGGAAGCUGACCACAUAGAAUGGUCAGUUUAUAGAAAGGCUUCACAGAGCCUUGAGACUCAGAUUGCAGAACUCGGAUCAUUCAAGGUAGAUUCAGAGUGUUAGGGACUGGCACCUACUGAAAAUCCCAUUGGUGGGAGAGAUGGAGGGGAGAUGACUUAGAAGCACAGACUUAGAUGUGACGUUAGAGGCCAUUGAAUUUUCAACCCCCUUGUCUUAUAAACAAACUGAAGUCCACGGAGGUUAAGUGAUGUACUUGUUCAAGGUUGCCCAGAAGAUAACUUACGGAGGUAGGGAUCCAAAUCUAACUCUAGAUAUCUUGAUCUUGGAGUCCCAGAAUAUAACCCCUCCUUUAAUCCUUUCCACAAUAUACAGGUGCAGGAUGAAGCUAAUCUGGAGGAGUUUGAAGGGUUCCGUGUGGGAGGACAUAACAAUUCUUGCAGUUUCCCUGGGUUCCCUGACUAUGUGUGCCUGUGGUAUGUUGAUUGCCAGUAUUCUGUGAAUGCUGUUUGAUAUUCUGAAAGGCCAGAUAUGGGGUGGGGACAGAACUAGAGAUUUCCUAUUUUUAAAUAAUUUUGAGAAAUAUUUCACUUAAAAAAAAAUAAAAAAGAAAUAUUUCACUUAAUUCCAUAGACCAAUACUGAAUCCUGGCCAGGAGUUUCUGCUUGCCUCAGUGUUUUAAAUUGCAUGGCUUGGUGGCAGAAGAGGCUCACCCAUGUGUGCCAGACAAACUCAAAUGAGUCCACUGAUCUGGUAACUCGAGGAGAGCGCCAUCUCGAGGAUAUUAUAAUUUCUUGCUUGAUAAAUGAGAGUCUCUCCACAGGCUUCGAGAAGUCAGAGUACCAGCUGACUUGGGCAGUGCCCCAGGUGUCAAUCAUAUGGAACAUUCUCCAAAUGUAAAAAAGCUGCAGUUGUCACCCACACAAUUUCAGCGCUGCAAGGGAACCUCAGCAGUCAUCUAGUCUAACCCCAUACACACAAGGAAUCUCUAGAGUGUCAUAUUCAACAAGUAGCUAUUUAGCCUCUGCUUGGAAACCUUCAUGAAGAGGGAACUCAUGACUUCUGGAGGCAGCCCAUUCUGCCUUCAGAUAGCUCUCAUUGUUAAGAAGCUUCCUCUGACAUUAAGGCAAAAUUUGCCUUUCUGUGACUUGGAACCAUUGCUCCUGAUUCUGCCUUCUGGGCUAAAGAGAUUAAGUGUAAUUUCUCCAUGGCAGUCCUUUAGAUACCUGAACUCAGACACAGCUAUCAUGGCCUCCAUGAGUCUUGUCUUUUCUAGGUUAAACAUCCCUGGUUCCUUUAGCUGAUUCUCACAUCCCACGGAUUCAAGGCCGUUUCCCAUCCUGGUUGCCCUCGGAUGCUCCUCGGUGUCCUUAAACUGUGGCUCUCAGAACUGAACUCAAUACUCCAAAAUGGUCUGACCAAGGAAAAUCCAGCCCUGCCCUGCAGCCCUGGACACAACAGGUAUACACAGGCUGGAGCCUGACUGAGAAGAGAGCCCUUUUCUAGUGCAGGGCCAUGGCCAGCUCUGCCUUCCCCCCAGGGCUACCACCUCGAGGUCCUUAUUACAUCCCAGGGUAUACUGGACACUGCCCACAACUUGGGUUCAGCCUGGGUAAAACCUAUGGACAACUGACUGGACGGCUGCUGCUGUCUGGUCCCUCUGGCCUAGCCUGGACCCCCGCCCACCGCAUGCUUCUGCCCCUGAUCAAUACUCUUGGAUCUCCUGGGACAGACAAGCACUCCUGGCAUGGACAUGAGAGGAUUAAGUCCAACAUGAUCCCAGGGUACACAGGCUUUGUGCCCCGGUCUCAGCACAUCUUUGCCAAGAGAUGCACCCAGGUCUGGGCUGAAGCUUUGAGGGACUUCACUAGCCAUUUAGGUACAGGAUAUAAAGAGCUGCCAGAGGCUGAGAGGAAGAAACUGGAAUCUAAGACAGAUGAGCAGGAGCCUGAGCCAGAAAAGCACCUGAAGCUGGAACUGGAGCCAGAGCACAAACUAAAAGCCUCCCCCUAUUCCAUGGAUGACAGAGAUCCUGAUAAGUUCUUCAUCUCAGGGUUUACUGGAUAUGUGCCCCGAGCCCGUUUCCACUUCGGCUCUAGUUUCCCUAUCCUCACCAAUCAGGCUCUGCAAGAAUUUGGGCAGAUGUGCCCAGGGGCCAGGGGCCAGAGGGACCAUAAGCUUCUUCCCAGCCUUUCCAGGACCUACUUACAGAACAUGGUGCCCUGCUAUAAGGGUUAUGUGCCAGGUGAGACCUGGGGUAGAAGUUUGAAUCAGAUUGGGGGGGAGUAGAAAUCCUUGGGGAGCUAGAGGGACAGGACAAUAAAGGUUCUAGAAGCCUGGGUUAAAACAGGUUGGGGCUGCUAUAGAAUACCAGAUGGGGUGGAUGGAACAUCAGCUCCACACGAAGUUACAAACUGUAUGAUGUUGGCAAUCAUCUAGUCUAAUCUGAGGCACCAAAAGAGGAUUUACCUAAGGUCCAAGUUAGUGACUGAUCUGAGAGAGGUUCUUAGAGUUUUCUCUGUUGGCAAGGACAGUCUGGGGGUGUUUGGGAAUGGAGAGGUACUAGGCAGAGCCUGGCUGAAAGAAAAAAUGCUUCCAAGGCACACACCAGAUACCCCCAACACCACUGUCUUUGUUCUGUGUCUCUGCUCUGUGUGACAGCCUCCCUUGGCUCCACAGGCUAUAAGUUCCAGUUUGGUCACACCUAUGGGCCUCUCACCCAUGAGGCUCUGGGCCUCAGAAACUUCCAAAAGCAGCUCCAAUCCUACUUUCCCCAACGCCAGGC